AUGGCGGUCAUGUAACAUCCAACUUGUCGGCACCCAAAUUCCGGCGCGCUGAUUAAACCUUCGAGCCAGCCGUCCGACCCUUCGUCCACGGCGCAGCCCACCGAUACAUACAACAUAUAUAAUACACACUAUACAUUGAUACAUAUACAACCUCGCGAGUUUCACUGCCCUCUCUCUCACUCCAUCUUGAUCUUGCUUUUGGUCUGCCAAGGACUGAUUGUGGUUCAGGAAGAAUGGAGAGAAGUAGUGCUAGUAAAAUUAUGAAGGUUGAUGAGGCUGAUGGUUCUGAAACCACCAUCGAGAUCAAGAUUAAGACUUUGGACUCACAAACUCAUACGCUCAGAGUAAAUAAGCAGAUGCCAGUUCCUGCUUUGAAAGCACAGAUAGCAUCUGUGACUGGUGUGGUAUCUGACCAGCAACGAUUGAUAUGCCGAGGGAAGGUUUUAAAGGACGAUCAGCUGCUCUCAGCCUACCAUGUCGAAGAUGGUCACACCCUGCAUUUAGUUGUUAGGCAACCGAUUCCACCCUCAGCCGAGGGAGCACCCUCUCAUACAGCAAGUGAUCCUUCUUCAGGGGCGAACCGCAUUUCAAGCACUCACAUCUCUCCUAGUGUUGUUAUUGAGACUUUCAAUGUUGAGCACGGGGAUGGGGUCCCCCCUGAAAUUGGACAGAUUGUGUCUGCAGUUCUUGGUUCCUUUGGACUUACAAAUCUCGGGAGUAGCACUGAAGGGAGAUCUGAAAGAUCUUCAGCUGGUGGCAGUGUGGUAAAUUUGACCCAGCAGCAAUCUGAACCUUCGGCCUUAAGGGGCCUAUCUAGUGCUUUUGGACUUCCACAAUCACUCUCUGUGGGGCAGCCUCCAGUGAUCCCCGACUCUUUGAUGACUAUGUCCCAAUAUGUGAGUCACAUGCGUGGUGAAUUUAGUAAUUUUGGUCGAGGCAGUGGAUCGACUGCCUCUCCUAGCGCCGAAGGAGGGGAUUCGAACUUUCUGCAAAGCUCGGGUGCUGUUCGAGAAGGUCUUCCAACACCUGCUUCUCUGUCUGAGCUUAUGCUGUCUACUAGACGACUGCUUACUGAACAAGUGGGAGAAUGUCUUGAGCUAUUUGCGGGGCAGCUGGAAAAUCAGGCGAAUUUUACUGAUUCCUCAAUGAGAUCAAACACUCAAAGUAAUGCAAUGAGAAUUGGGAUGUUGUUUCAUUACUUGGGUGCCUAUAUCCUUGAACUGGGUAGAACAGCCAUGACCUUGCGAUUAGGUCGAUCUCCGGCAGAAUCUGCGGUGAAUGCAGGACCUGCGGUUUAUAUCUCUCCAUUGGGCCCAAAUCCUUUAAUGGUUCAGCCUUUUCCGUUUCAAAUGGGGAGUAGCAUCGGGAACAUUCCUGUAGGGACUGUGCAGCCUAGCUCAAAUUUGGGUGGUGGAAUCGGCACCGGUUUUCUUCCAAGACGUAUUGAUAUUCAAAUUCGAAGAGGUUCGCCGACAGCAGUGCCAAAUGCUAAUAGAGAAGAGCACAGUGAUCAACAACAGCCUGUGUCUGCUUCAAGAAAUGCUGCGGUGAAUUCUUCUGCCGCAGAAAAUCCGGUGGAACAGUCAUCUUCAAGGACUUCAGAGGGCCCCACUCAACCUUUUGCUGGAGAAUCAGGAGUGCGCGUCGUGCCCGUUCGGACAAUGGUAGCUGCUGUUCCUGCUACCUUCAGUCGCAUGCCCUCAGAUUCAUCAUCUGACUCACCAAGUUUAAGAGUGCAAGCAUCUAUUUCACGAAAUGCCAAUAGCAACUCUCCUUCGGCGGGUGAUUUGCAGAACCACCAAGAAAGCGGGAGGCAGGUUCCUGGGAGCAUUUAUCAGUUCCUGAGGAACCUGUUUCCUGGGGGUGAGAUUCACGGAGAGGAAGAAUCCUCCAUUGGGGUUGGUACUGUUCCAGGCUUACGCAAUGAGGAGAUUUCAAACCCUUCCCGUGAUUCUCGAGAACCCGAACGAGGGGCUACAGGGGAUGGGAUAUUUUUUUCCAACUUGCUUCAUCAGAUUAUGCCGAUCAUAUCUGAACAGGUAGCUGGUGCUGAUUCAAGUUCUGCACGUGAUCGAGAUUCAUCCUUUCAGGCUGCUAGCAGCGCCGGGGGUGGGACAUCGCAUCGACCUAGUGAUACAGACUUGGACCCUCCAAACUCAAAGCGUCAGAAGAAGUAGUAAUUUCUGAGUCGGACAAAGCACUGCAGGCCUUCUCUGGGAUUUGAACUGGAAUGGAAAUAUGUGCUGCUGCUCUACAAAUGAUCGACCAUGGAGAACUGGGAAUUUGGAAAGUUUUUGAUACAUUCUAGUUUUUGUAUGACUACAGAUGAGACCUGAGUUUCGUUAGUUUGAAUUAUUACAGAAACUUUCACUAUUCUUGGUUGUCAAAGUUCCCCGGCCCCACAAUGAAUCUUCUUAUUGCUCUUUAAGAUGAUUGGGCCGUUUGAUUUCCCAAUU